CCGGGUCUGUCUUCUCGUCUUGAACGCUCCACCCCUCUUGUCCAAAACACAGCACCCCCUCUGGAAGACCGCCGCCUCGGGCCUGGCUGGCUAAGCCGACCGGCCCGCGAGGACUCCCGGGCUCCAUUGACAGCACCAGAAAACUGUCUCCCAGUUUUGCUUUGCUUUGUACGUGCCGGGUCCUGAAGUGUCCCUGGUGGAGCUGCACAGUGCCCCCGGCUCUCCAGAGCCUGCCUUCAUGGACCCCGCAGCCAGUCUGGAGGAGCCGGAGGCAGCUCGUCUGCGCUUCCGAGGCUUCUGCUACUGGGAUGUAGCUAGUCCCCGAGAGGCCCUGAGCCGGCUCUGGGAGCUGUGCCGCCAGUGGCUGCUGCCUGAGGUGCGCUCUAAGGAGCAGAUGCUGGAGCUACUGGUGCUGGAGCAGUUCCUAAGCGCGCUGCCCCCUGAGAUCCAGGCCUGGGUGAGGGGGCAGCAGCCAGGAAGCCCUGAUACGGCUGCUGCCCUGGUCGAGGGCCUGCAGCAAGAACCUGAGCAGCUGCUGGGUUGGAUCACAGCCCAUGUGCUGAAACGAGAGAUGCUCCCAGCAGCCGAGACUACUGAGGAGCUCUUGGGCAGCCCCUGCCCUUCAGGGACAGGGGAGCCCACUCAGGCAGCCCCUGAGGAGAGGCCUGUUCUAUUCCACCACUGUGUGAAGGAAGAGCCCGACACUGAUGGGCAGGAAACAGUGCCCUGCAGCUCUUCAGCUCCACCACCAUCUCAGGAGGGGCACCAUAGACACCAGAAACUGAUGUCGACUACUUUCCCAGCACCCAGGAUUACGCACUCGGCUUCCUCUGCAGCCCCAGGCAGGCAGGGCUCAGGUCACCUGCCAUCACAGAAGGAGCUGUCCUGGGACAUGAUGCUGGAGAAGUACGGCACGGUGGUCUCCCUGGCAGGGUUAACAGCCAGGAAGGCUCCGCCAGGGGUGAUGCACGAAAGCUCUUUAGGCCAAGGAGACCGCUGCUCCGGAGAGGAGCAGCAAAGCCACCACAAGGGCUUGGGUCCAGUGGCCUGGGCUGGCCUGUCUGGGACCACUCAGUGCCAGCCUGCACCUCUAGGAGCAGAGCCUGAGUACAGUGGCCCCCUGAGAAAGCCAUACAUGUGUGAGCAGUGCGGCCAAGGCUUUGACUGGAAGUCAGUGUUCGUUAUCCACCUCCGGACCCAUGCCGGGGGGCAGAAUGCAUGUGCCCAAGUGCAGGCCUCAGGGGCCACUGAGAAGCUGCCGAAGGGCCCCCAGGAGCCCGCUGUGCCUCGCCAUCUCCGGUGCACACUCACAGGCCCCAGAAGCUACGUAUGUGACGAGUGUGGGCGCAGCUUCAGCUGGAAGUCUCAGCUGGUUAUCCACCGGAAGAGCCAUACUGGCCAGCGGCGUCACUUCUGUAGUGACUGUGGUUGUGGCUUCGACUGGAAGUCCCAACUAGUCAUUCACAGGAAGAGUCACCGGUCUGAAACCUCAUGAGUGGGCAACUGGAGAGGGUUGUAGGCAGCAGAAGAUUUUGGAAUAGAUCAGUUCCAGGCUGGUCCCCUGCACUGACCCAGUCUUCCCCCCCUCAGAACCACCUUAGGUGCAAAGAAGCUCACUCUCCUGCCCUCAUCUGGAGUGAGACCUGAGUACAGAUCCCACCUCCCACUGGUUGGCUCCAGGAUGACAUCCUGGGAACUGUGCCCUGGCACUUUCCUGGUCCUGGGUGGGUGUUCAGGAUUGUUCCUUUCCACACCUUAGUGAAGUAGUUGGGCCAAGACCUCCCUGUGGCAGGAAAAAAAGCCCAGGAGAGCAUGGCAUGCUACUGACAAGUAGGCAGAGAACUACCCUCUACUGCCUUUUGUUUCCAGCAAAUUCCACUUUUAAAAUAGUAUUUUUGCAGAAAAAUCCUGAUCUCUGAUGUUCUGACUUCUGCUGGUCAGAAAACCAGCAGUGCUGCUGUGCUUGCCUGAGCUGGAGCGACAGCAUCAGCAGCCAGGCUAAGGACCAGUGGUUGUAGGACUCGCCAUUGGCCUUGUCACUUGUCUGCCCAUUGCUUGUCUCCUUCAGCUUUUGAGUUCUCUGGUUGGGUAGGAACCAAGGAGACUUCCUCUCCAGUAUAGAUGGACAAGAGUGGUCUCUCCCUCAGUUGUGAAACUGGAUUCUGAUUCCUAUUCCCAAAUAAACACCCUUAAAUU